AUGAACUAUCUUGACAUAUUUGGAAGCUAAAUUUCAAUAAGGUUUAAAGAUUCCACAAUUCAUAAGACUAAAUUUGGAGCAUUUUUAUCAGUUACUUUGUCUGUUAUAGUAUUACUAAGACUAGGAAUUUUAGUUUUUUCUGCAGUUAGCGGAAGAAAUCCAACUGUUCUUUUUUAAGAAAGAAAGGUGUCAGAUCCAAAAAAGUUUGUCAUAACUCCUAAUACACUUUCUCUAGCUAUGGGAGUUUUAGAUAUUAACGAUAAUUAUUAUAAUGACAACAGAUUAUUCACAAUUUAGGGAGUUCAUAAGACAAAAAAAAAUGUCUAUAAUAGUUAAACAGGUUAAUUCGAUUCAAUUUUUAACUCAACGGUGUUUAGUCUAGUUAAUUGUACAGACGACAAUGUUCCUGACCCUCAUUUAAGAGAUUUUUUUCUUAAGUCAUAGUUUUACAUCCAUUAAUGCAUUCCUAAAGACUUAGAAGUAGAGAUUGAAGGGUAGUUCAAUUCUGAUUCAUACCAAGAACUAAAUUUUUAUUUCAUCAAAUGUACUGGAUAAGGUUGCAAAGAUGAAAAAGAAAUAGAUGCUCUGGUGAACAACAACUUCAUUGAAUUAUUAUUUACAGAUGUCUACUUUUCACCUGAAAACAAAGAUAAUCCUUUUGUAAAGUAUUCAAGAGAUUUGUAUUGGGUUUCUAGCUAGAAUCUCCCAAGGGAAGCUAACGUAUUUAUGAGAAAUAAUUAUGUAGAAAGCGAUUUUGGAUGGGUUACAUCUGAUAAAAAUACUUAAGUUUAUCCUUCUUUUAGCUACGGCGACAAUUAAGUCAGUUAUUAAUUUUUUAAUUGA